AUGAUUUUUCAGGUACUUUGUACCACUUGUUUGGGGGCAUUGGAUUUGUUUCAUGGUGGGUCUUCCAAAUGGCUGAAAUUGGAUGGCAUGGAUGAAAAUAACCAGACAUUUGUUUCCGAAUUCCUUCUUUUGGGUCUUUCUGGAUACCCAAAGACUGAGAUCAUUUACUUUGCUCUUGUUCUGGCUAUGUACCUAGUGAUUUUAACAGGAAAUGGUGUUCUGAUCAUAGCAAGCAUCUUUGACUCCCGUCUCCACACACCUAUGUACUUCUUCCUGGGCAAUCUUUCUUUCCUGGAUAUCUGCUACACAACUUCCUCUGUUCCCUCAACGCUGGUGAGCCUAAUCUCAAAGAAAAGAAACAUUACUUUCUUUGGUUGUGCAGUGCAGAUGUUCUUUGGAUUUGCAAUGGGAUCAACAGAAUGUUUGCUUCUUGGCAUGAUGGCUUUUGAUCGAUAUGUGGCCAUCUGCAACCCUUUGAGAUACUCCAUCAUCAUGAGCAAAGGAGUGUAUGUGUCAAUGGCAUCUGUAUCAUGGUUCUCUGGUGGAAUCAAUUCACUCGUGCAGACAUCCCUUGCCAUGCGGUUGCCUUUCUGUGGGAAUAACGUUAUUAACCAUUUCACAUGUGAGGUCUUAGCUGUCCUCAAGCUAGCUUGUGCUGAUAUAUCUCUCAAUAUCAUUACCAUGGUGAUAUCAAAUAUGGCUUUCCUGGUUCUUCCACUACUGGUCAUCUUUUUCUCCUACAUGUUCAUCCUCCACACCAUCGUGAGAAUGAACUCAGCUACAGGGAGACGCAAGGCCUUUUCCACCUGCUCAGCCCACCUGACAGUGGUGGUCAUAUUUUAUGGUACCAUCUUCUCUAUGUAUGCAAAACCCAAAUCUCAAGAUCUGACUGGGGAAGACAAGUUCCAAACUUCAGAUAAGAUCAUUUCUUUAUUUUAUGGAGUAGUUACCCCCAUGCUAAAUCCAAUUAUCUACAGCUUGAGGAAUAAGGAUGUUAAAGCUGCUGUAAAGUACAUACUGAAACAAAAGUACAUUCAAUAA